UAGUUAACUGGCGGCACUUAGCGCGGGCGCCCAGUGAGCGGAGCAGCGGCGGUCUCCGAGGUGGCGUCCCGGCAGCCAGGGCCAUGGCCACCGUGCGGGAGAAGGCGGCCGCGCUGAAACUCUCGACUUUGCACAGUCCGGCGCAGAGGCCUCCCGGUUUCAGUGUGGCCCAGAAGCCAUUUGGAGCCACAUACGUAUGGAGCAGCAUUAUAAAUACUCUUCAGACACAAGUGGAAGUAAAAAAACGAAGGCAUCAUUUAAAAAGACACAAUGACUGCUUUGUGGGUUCAGAAGCGGUAGAUGUCAUUUAUUCUCAUCUAAUUCAGAAUAAGUACUUUGGUGAUGUAGAUAUUCCUCGGGCCAAAGUGGUGAGAGUGUGUCAGGCACUUAUGGACUAUAAAGUAUUUGAAGCAGUUCCAACCAAGGUCUUUGGAAAAGACAAAAAACCUACAUUUGAAGACAGUAGUUGCAGCCUUUAUAGAUUCACAACAAUACAUAACCAAGACAGUCAGAUGGGCAAAGAGAACAAAGUAUAUUCACCUUCCAGUUAUGCAGAUGCAUUGUUUAAGUCAUCUGAUAUCAAAUCGGACAGUUUGGAAGACCUAUUGGAAAAUCUGAGCUUAAAGCCUGCUAACUCCCCGUGUGUAAAUAUCUCUGCAACCUUGUCUCCACAAGUUAUUAAUGAAGUGUGGCAAGAAGAAACAAUUGGGCGUCUACUACAACUUGUAGACCUUCCACUUCUUGACUCCUUACUCAGACAGAAAGACAAUGUACCUAAAGUUCCUCAACCCAAGAAGCAGCCUGACAUGGUCAACAGCAGUAACUAUCUGGAUAGAGGGAUUCUCAAGGCCUAUGGUGACUCUCAGGAAGAUGAGUGGCUCUCUGCUGCGAUUGACUGCUUGGAAUACCUGCCAGACCAGAUGGUGGUAGACAUAAGCAGAAACUUUCCUGAGCAACCAGACAGAACAGACAUAGUGAAGGAACUUCUGUUUGAUGCCAUUGGCAAAUUUUACAGUAGUAGAGAACCACUAUUAAAUCACUUAUCUGAUGUCCAUAAUGGAAUUGCAGAACUCCUAGUAAAUGGGAAGACUGAAAUAGCAUUGGAAGCUACUCAGCUCUUUCUGAAGCUUUUGGAUUCCCAAAAUAGAGAAGAAUUUAGAAGGCUACUAUAUUUCAUGGCUGUUGCAGCACAUCCUUCCGAAUUUAAAUUACAGAAAGAAAGUGACAAUCGAAUGGUUGUGAAAAGGAUAUUCUCAAAGGCUAUUGUUGACAAUAAAAAUUUGUCCAAAGGCAAAACUGAUCUUCUGGUACUCUUUUUAAUGGAUCACCAAAAAGAUGUUUUUAAGAUUCCUGGAACUCUACAUAAAAUUGUUAGUGUUAAACUUAUGGCCAUACAGAAAGGAAGAGAUCCAAAUAAAGAUGCAGGGUAUAUUUAUUGCCAGAGAAUUGAUCAAAGUGACUAUUCCAGCAGUACACAGAAGACGACCAAAGAUGAGCUGUUGAAUUUACUAAAAACUAUUGAUGAAGAUUCAAAACUGUCUGCCAAAGAAAAGAAGAAAUUGUUAGGUCAAUUCUAUAAGUGUCAUCCAAACAUCUUUAUUGAGUAUUUUGGAGACUGAGUUUCUAAUAUAUGUUAUGUAUUUUAAGAAUAAAUUAUGUAUCUUAAAGAUCCAAUCACAUUUGUAAAUUUGAUUUCUAUAUGAAACUGUACUUAAUAAAUUUUUUUUAUAACCUUAUGUGUCAAAAACUUAAGUUAUUGGUCAGAUGGUGUAGUGCUGUUGAGUACUGGCUGGCAUCUCUUAGGUAGUUGGUUUAUAGUUAUUGUGCCCAGUGCUUUAUAGAACACCAUAGGGAUUUAGAUGAUAUGACAAGUAGUGUUUAUAUAAGAAUGUACUUAAAAGUGAAAAAGUCUGUAAUUACAAAUUAAUAGACUAGUAUGACUUGUGUUUUAAAUGGUACUCUUUAAAGUUACAAGAUAGAAGAAACAGUCUAUGAUAAAAUGUAUUUGCUUAUUACCAAUAAAUUGUAGACAAGCAAAAAAAAAAAUCUGACCACCCUAAUAUUUCUGAAAACGUCAUCUAUUUUUAAAAUAUUUUCUUAGACAUUGAUGGACCUUUAUUUUAUUCAUUUAUUUAUAUGUGGUGCUGAGACUUGAACCCAGUGCCUCACACAUGCUAGGUAAGUGCUCUACCACUGAGCCACAGUCUCAGCCUGAAAACUUCAUCUUUUUAAACUUCUUGUGGGAGAUUUCAAACAGGAAUGUGGGAAGAGUGGAAUAAUGAACUUGCCCAUGUACUCAUCAACCAAUAUCUACAAUUGUCCACUUCUGGCCAAUCUUGUUUAAUCUAUUUCCCCACCCAUUUCCCCCAACAAAUUUCAGAUAGCAUCUCACUUCCUCUAAAAAAAGUUUCAGUGACUAUGACCAAAAGAUAAGAACAUUAAAAAAUAACCACAAUGUCAUCUUCACUCAUACAACUGUAUAAUUUUUAUUAUCAAAUAUGCAUUUAAUGAUCAAAUUUUCUGAUGAUCUCAAAUGAUUUUGACAGUUUGUUCAAAGAGUGAAACAACAUCCAUAAUGUGCUUCUUAAGUUGCUCUUUAUUGGUUCUCCCUCCCUCCAUCCUUCUUUUCCUUGUCUAUCUCUGCUGUCAAAUAAACCUGGUCAUUUGUCCUUGA